GAGACACAUACUAACGGGCGGUGCAAAACCCGAUUCCAUCAUCAUCAUCAUUAUCAUCAUCAUUAUACUGGACCUGCAGAGAUCAAACCAGCAUCGGCCAUUGAUUGCACAUCACCACUGGCUUCAGCGUCGAGAUACCAGAUCUGCUAGAGAUGGCAGGGAUCUUGGCAUGGUUCUGGAACGAGCGGUUCUGGCUUCCUCACAACGUAACCUGGGCUGACUUGAAAAAUACAGACGAGUCAACCUUUCCGCAAGCCGAGGACCUCUAUCUGGCGUGUCCUUUAGCGUUCUGCAUGUUCAUGAUCAGGCUGAUCUUCGAGAGGUUUAUUGCCAAGCCAUGUGCACUUGGUUUGAAAAUCCAGGCCAGUGGACCACAGAAGGCUCAACUCAACGCCAUUCUGGAGAAGGUCUUCACUGCCAUCACCAAGCACCCUGAUGAGAAGAGGUUAGAAGGCUUGUCCAAGCAGUUGGACUGGGACGUCAGGACGAUCCAACGCUGGUUCAGGCAGCGACGCAACCAGGAGAAACCCAGCACGCUGGCACGCUUCUGUGAGAGCAUGUGGAGAUUCACAUUUUACCUGUACAUAUUUACUUAUGGUGUACGGUUCCUGAAAAAGACUCCGUGGCUUUGGAACACCAGAGAGUGCUGGUACAACUACCCCUAUCAGCCAUUAAUGGUGGAUUUACACUACUACUACAUAUUGGAGCUCUCCUUCUACCUGUCCCUGUUCUUCUCGCAGUUCACAGACAUCAGAAGAAAGGACUUCCUGCUCAUGUUGCUGCAUCAUGUGGCGACGAUCUCUCUGAUUACCUUCUCAUAUGUGAAUAACAUGGCUCGAGUGGGAACACUCAUCAUGUGUCUGCAUGAUGCUGCUGAUGUCCUACUGGAGGCUGCUAAAAUGGCCAACUACGCCAAGUGCCAUAGACUGUGCAAUGUUCUGUUCAUCAUGUUUGCUCUGGUGUUCAUCAGUUCCAGAUUGGGAGUAUAUCCUGUAUGGAUUUUAAAUAGCACUCUGUUUGAGAGCUGGGAGAUUGUGGGGCCUUAUCCGUCCUGGUGGGUCUUUAACUUGCUCCUCGUACUGCUGCAGGCCCUGCACACCUUCUGGUCUUAUCUCAUAGUACGCAUCACCUGCAGAGCCAUUUCCAGAGGCAAGGCGGGAAAAUGGAAUCCUUUACAUGUGUCAAAAGAUGACCGCAGUGACAUUGAGUCCAGCUCUGAUGAAGAUGAGGUUGUGCCUUCCUCUCAGAAACACCACACUAAUGGGACCAACGGGGCCCACGGCACCAAUGGAUACCUGUCCUCAUCUCCUUGUCCAGAUGAACACUAACUAUCCAGCUGUGGACAUUUCACAGGGUCCCAGACUGCAGAUGGAACCUGCAUCACACUCUGUUGUGUCAAAACAUGAACAUUACCAGUCCAGUUCUGGAAAUUCUCAAUAACGUGAAUGCGGUUCUGUUUCGGUUGUUUGCUUUCGCUAGUUCCCCCCAGAUGUUUUCCCCUUUAUGUUUUGUUUGUUUAUCUGCUUUUGUUUUGUGGUUGUUUAUUCUGCAGCAGUCAUUGGCAAUCAGUUAUCACAGCACCUUUUAGAUUUAAGCGCAGCUGACGGUUUGAUUUUUAGCACAGUGGUUCUCAACUUGUGGGUCGGUUCUGAUUGGGUUGCGGACAGCGGGGGGGAAACCAAUGCCAAAUGCAAAUAAUAACAUGCAACUAUUCAUAGUUAUCAUAGUAAGUAUGGCAAAAUAAUAAAUAGGCUUACAGUAGGAACUAUUAAAAUGGAAGAUAUAUAUAUAUUUUGUCUUUUACUAUAGACUGUACUUUACUGUUACUCUAUUCUGCGUGUUCUGCGUAUAGAGAGCUGCAGAACCAAAUAUUGUAUUAGUCAUAUUGGUCAAGCUAAAUUACCAAAAAUUCUGAUGUCCAUCCAGUUAAAUGGGCAGCAUCAAGGUGGACAGUAACGGGGUUGACAUUCAGUGGAUAAAUGAGCCACUACAUGGUCUGUGAUUGAAUUCUAGGAAACAUAUCUGUUAACUAAUAUUUAUGAUUUUAUUUCUGUAAACAAAUACUGUAUAUUGAAAUUUUACAAUUGUAGUAAUUUCCCCAUAUAUCUUCCCAUAACAGGGUGGAUAUGUUAUGCUUGACCACAUAUGACUAACACCACAAAAUAAAAGGAAAACAAAUAAAACAAUAUUGAUAUAAACUUCAAAUACAGUAACUCCGUAAUUUAGCAGAAUGGCUGAUGUCCAUCUCUAGUGUGUGUGAUGUAAUUUCCUAACAUAUAUCAUCAAUGAAAUGUCAUAGUAUCAUGAUAUAACAGGGUGUGCAAUAAAUCAAGGGACGCACAAAAAAAAACUCCUGUCAGUGUUCAAAAGACAUUUAAUACAAAUGAAUUUUUUAAUGAGAGAAUGUAACACUAAACUCUUAACUAAAUGUGGGGAAACAAAUAGAAAUACAAUGAUUUAGCAUUUAUAUCUUUCAAAGAUGUUUAAUGGGCAGAUUUUGGGACAUGAGGAAGUGCCACAGUGCAAUAGAAAAGGAUUUCAAUUGUUUACGAUGUAACUUUUAAGCCCACAGAAGUGUGUAACUUUAUAAAAAGUAUUUAUUCUUUUUAACAAGCCUAGCAAAAUUGUAAUCGGGUGAAAUUAAACCAUAUAAAUGCCAAACACACUUGAAAUUGGGACUUAAAUUACACAGAAUUAUAGGAAUGACCCAUAUUCACAGGCGUUCCUGCGCGAGAUGCUGCUAAACUUUGAAAAACAGCGCAGACGGAAGCAAAAACGCGUUCAGUGUGAACGUCCCCUUCUAAACUUAAAAUGAAAAACGCUUUAAUACAACAACCAGGAAGAAGAGAGAAAGAGAGAGACAAGGCUUAACAUGAAAAUAGUGCAUUUCUCAUUGGAUUAGUGUCGUUGUUUUGGCAGUAAAUAAAUCGUAACGGAAAUGUAAGAAAAUUACCUGAAGUGUUUUAACUAAACCUGUACUACUGUACUUUUAUGUUAAAUUAAUGCAGUCUUUCUUACCUCUCUCUCUCCCGCUCUCUGACAUAUGCAAUAAAAUGUAAUGGCAUGUCAUGAACAGGUGUGUUUACUGGUGUUAUAAAAUCCCAAUGUGGGAAACAAUUAACAUGCACGUGAAUGCUGUAUAAUUUUGUCAAUUACAACAAAGAAUCUCCAGUUUCACAAAACAGCAUCCAAUAAUAGUGUUAAAAGUAAACUAACAUGACAGUUGAUUAUGGAUUUCUGAAGCAACAAAACAAGUGUAUAUAUGCAAAUAUUGAUCCUAAGAAGUCGACACAAACAGCCCUGGGUAAAAUUAACCAACUGGUGACGAUGUGCAUAUGGCCCUGACUACACCACUGGUUCUACCAUGGUCCAUGUCAAAAAACAUGGUAGUACCAUAGUACUUUGAAUAAUUUCUCAGCUCUGUAGGUCCAUACAAUGCAAGUGAAUGGAUACAAAAAAACAAAGCUCCAAAAAUACUAUAAAAGGCAGCAUAAAAGUAAUCCAUAUGACUCUAUAUGUCUUCUGGAGCGAUCCAAUCGGUUUUGGGUGAGAACAGAAUAAAUUAAUACUCAUUUUCACUAUAAAUCUUGACAUCAGCAGUCUUCUUGGCUUGAUUUCAAGCUUGAUUACACUUCCUAGCACCAUCUAGCACUUUGUACAUGCGUCAGUCACUAGGAAGUGUAAUCAAACUUGAAAUCAGUCUACAAGAUGUACAGUGACAAAUUAGUUAUAUUUUGGUCUGAUCUCACCCAUUGAAAAACCAAUUGGAUUGCUUUAGAAGACUUAGUUUAAACCACUGGAGUCAUAUGGAUUACUUUGAAGCUCCAAAAAGCAUAUAAAGGCAGCAUAAAAGUUUUGGUCACCAUUCACUUGCAUUGUGUGGACCUACAGAGCUGAGAUAUUCUUCUAAAAAUCAUUGUUUGUGUUCUGCAGAGGAAAGAAAGUCAUACACAAACUAUUCUUUAGUGUCAUAUUUGAAAAUUAAACAAAACUAAAGUAAAGGAAAAUAUGACCUGGACUACAGUAAACAUUAAAUAUAAAUGUGUUUGUUUGCCGGUUUAAUUUUGGGAAUUGAAGCCAUACGAGUUGAGAAUCACUGUUUUUAACGCAGUUAUUUCUUUCAUAAUCAUGUGAGCAUGCUGCUGUUGUCAUGUAUUCUGGUAUCAUGGGAACAGUAGUUUGCUUGCAUGUGUGUCUUUUGUAUUAAUUUAUUUUUUUAUGUCUAUAAAAAUGAGUAUUUUACAUGCUGCAUUUUAAAAAGCAUUGUUCUACAUACAGUACAUCCCCCUUUUCGGCUUAAAGGAAUAUUCGUGGUUCAAUAUAAGUUAAGCUCAAUCUAAAGUAUUUGUGGCAUACCACAAAAAUGUAUUUAGACUCGUUCCUCCUUUUCUUUAAAAAAAAAGAAGCAAUAAUAGAGGUUCCAGUGAGGCACAUACAAUGUUAGUGAAUGGGGGCCAAUAUUUUUUUAUGUAAAAACACUCACUUUUUCAAAAGUAUAGCCUCAAGACGUAAAAGUAUGUGUGUAAACAUGAUUUUAGUGUGAUAAAAUCACUUAAAAACCUUUUUUGUGUAAAAUUAUAGCCAAUUUUACAACUUCGUUAGCAUGAUGAUUUAAUGUCAACAAACCCUAUAACGACUGUAAAAAUUACAAUUUAAACUUCACAGCUCAAAUAACACACAGAAGAAUUAAAUGUAAGUACUUUUAUAAAAUGAUAAGCUUCACAUUUCUGUGUUUAAACCCUCCCAAAAUGGGCCACGUUGUCCCCAUUCACUUCCAUCGUAAGUGACACACUGUAACCUCGAUUUUUCCUUUUAUUAAAUAAAAAGAGGAACGAGUCAAAUUUAAUUAAUGUGGUAAUUAAUAUUAAGCCACAAAUGCUGUAGAUUUAGCUUGAACUUGUAUUGAACCCUUAACAUUCCUUUAAAUCAAAGCGUUUUUAAGCAAAAACAUAUUAGUGCGGACCUCAUUAACUCAAGUCGGUUCAAACACGGCCCGGUUCCUAAAGAGGUGUGCAGAUCUUGCAGACACAGUUUUAGGAAGUCCUAAAACUGAAGUGUGUAACUACUGGGCCUCUAGUGACACCAAACUUGGGAAAAUAAUGACUGUUUACCAACAGGUUUCCCAAAAAUCUCCCAUUGAUUUGACAGAUAGUCCUGCCCAAAACUUAUGCUAUUGGUUGAACCAUUGUUGCUGUGGUGGGCUGGUUGGACUUGGGAUGCUCAAACAAACAGAGCAAUGGUAUCAUAGCACCACAGAGUAAGUGUUUACAUUGAGUAAAGCAACCAACAAAUAGCCUAUAGUUAUCUAUGCAUGUUUAUCUGGGAUAAGACAAAGUAUUUAAACCCAUUAAAAUCACACACUUUAGUUUUAAACCUUCAAGAGAAUACUUAUCAUGAAUAUGGUUUGCUUUUAUUACUUUGUUUACACUUCAGAAAUAAGAUACAUAUGAGAUUUUGAAAUCUAACUAUAACGCUAUUUGAAACCAACAUGUAAUUUGUUGAAUGAGUGACACCAAACACUGGUAUUUUUUUUAAUGUUGUCUGGUUUUGUGCUUUUUUUUUUAAUUGCUUUUUGAGUUCAGAAUGAAAACAUACUUUCCACAGGUCUUUAGUAUUUUCUUUUAUCUUUCAGCCGAACUGUUUGGCAGAUUAUUUUGCUGCUUUUGGUUUAAGUGUUUUUGAUGCUUUUUAUUGGAGUGUUGGGCAGGUCGCUGCUACUGUCUGUUACAGCUGGAGAAGUGCUGCAGCUAAUUAGCCCUAGUCUCAUUUGCACUGCAGACAGGUUGCUGUGUUGUGUGGUUUACAUUUGAUGUCAAAACAAGGCAAAGAAGAAAGAAGUUUAAACUAUUCUCUGCCUUUUCUGGAAUAUCUGAUUAUCAGCGGUACUAAUGAGUAACGUUGCUAUGUAUUUUAAAUAAAUUCAU